AUGGCUAUUUGACCUUCCACGACUAUCCUAGGCUGAGCAUGUUGCAUGUCCCAAUCCGAGUGUUGACAGAAGUCCAAACCUGGCAGGUGGGUGACACGUCGAUUUGUUACAAGAUGAUGGUGACGAGGAUGAAAAAUAUCGCAACAGUCGACCUAGGAGUGAAACUUCCCAAAACCUUGACUUGCCUAUGGAUCAACCUCGACGAACUUGCCGUCAUUGUGGCCGCAACUCUGAAUCGUCGGCAUACAUAUACACCUCUGCUCAAGCCGCUGAAGCUUCUCGUUUCUCAGGUGCCUCAUAUCGUGUGGGAUCAAUGGGAUCCUGAUAUGAUCUCGAACGCUCUAGGAGCCCGGGAUUCUGGACCUGGUGUAGAUGUGUCUAUCGACACGGUUCUAUAUCGUUGCUUCCCAGUGUCCCUUCUUGUGUCGACAGGCAGUUACCCCCUUUUU